CCCCCCCCCCCCGGCGGGGACACUAGUCCUGAGGCGUAGUUGCUGGCCCAGUCACCCAGCCGCUGGGGGCGACCCAGCCGUUAGAGCGACCCCAGGCUCCGCGCCCUGGCCGUGGCGUUUCUGGGACCUACACCGGCCUGGAGGCUGCGGCCCGGCCCGUGGGUCCAAGGGCCGCCGGACGGACGCGCAGUGAGGACUCGGCCGACCUUGGCCUGGGCGGGGUCGCCUCCGCGGGGCGGGGGGCGCGUCGUUGGGGGCGCGAGGCCUUACAUCCGGCCGGCCGGGGGACCCCCGCGCCUUCCGCGCAGCUGUCCGCCGGGCACCGCCGGGCGAAGUUUCUCCCUGGCCCAGGACUGCCGCCGGGUCGAGGCCCUUGUUGGAGCAGAGCGGGUCUGCCGAGAGACGGCGCGUAGGGACGCGCACGCUGCCACCGCGGAAGGGGCCGCGGCAGCGCCGAGGAAAGAUCUCAUGCUUCCGGGAAUGGCCUGAUAUGAAGGAGUCAUACUUCCAGGUUUCCGAAGCUGCCCUGUGGGUGCCUUGUCCUUCAAGUGCAGGAGCCGGCUGGAACUAUCAGGAAUGGAAGCCAAUGUGACUAUCCCAAUCUGGCAAAACAAGCCACAUGGGGCUGCUCGGAGUGUGGUAAGAAGAAUUGGGACCAAUCUACCCCUGAAACCUUGUCCCCGGGCAUCCUUUGAGACGCUACCUAACAUUUCUGACCUGUGUUUGAGAGAUGUGCCUCCAGUCCCUACUCUGGCUGACAUUGCCUGGAUUGCUGCAGAUGAAGAGGAAACAUAUGCCCGGGUCAGGAGUGAUACACGCCCCUUGAGACAUACCUGGAAGCCCAGCCCUCUGAUUGUCAUGCAACGUAAUGCCUCAGUGCCCAAUCUUCGUGGGUCUGAGGAGAGGCUCCUGGCCCUGAAGAAGCCAGCCCUGCCUGCCCUAAGCCGCACCACUGAGCUGCAGGAUGAACUAAGCCACUUGCGCAGCCAGAUUGCUAAAAUAGUGGCAGCAGAUGCAGCUUCGUCUUCAUUAACGCCAGAUUUCUUAUCUCCAGGAAGUUCAAAUGUCUCUUCUCCUUUACCUUGCUUUGGAUCCUCAUUCCACUCUACAACUUCCUUUGUCAUUAGUGACAUCACUGAGGAGACUGAGGUAGAGGUCCCUGAGCUUCCAACAAUACCCCUGCUUUGUUCUGCCAGCCCUGAAUGUUGCAAACCAGAACACAAAGCUACCUGCAGCUCGUCUGAAGAGGAUGACUGCAUCUCUUUGUCCAAGGCCAGCAGCUUUGCAGACAUGAUGGGCAUCCUGAAGGAUUUUCACCGGAUAAAACAGAGCCAAGACCUGAGCCGGAGCUUACUGAAGGAAGAAGACCCUGCUGUGCUUAUCUCUGAAGUCCUUAGGAGGAAGUUUGCUCUGAAGGAAGAAGACAUAAGUAGGAAAGGGAACUGACAGUCAGCACUGACUGCAGACUCAGUCUCAUGCUCCUGAACUCCUUCAAUAGCUGCCUUCCUCGCUGCAGAUGUCUCUGCCUCAGUUAGAAGUCUGCAACAGUCUUGCCAACGAGCUAGGGCUUGGGCUGGAAGAGAAGAGCUGGAUUAUGUGUUACUUGCUCUUAAACCUGACAGAAGCUAA